GAUAAAGAAGAUUAUCAAUAUUUGACACUAAUAUCUGAGAAUAAAUUUGUAAUAUUUCUGAAAUCACACUUAAAAAUUCUUAUAUUUUGUAAUUAUUAUUUGCUUUACUCACAUACUUGAGUUCAAAACAAUGAGAACAGUUUAAUAGUGAAAGGAGAUGUCAGAAAAUGCUAAACAGUGCCAACAUAACCUAUUUCAAGUUGUUUACAAUUGCAAAAAGUCUGUGGUAUUUUCCAUAAAUCAUGGAAACAACAAUUACUCUAAACACUGCAGUUUGUCGAAUUUGUGAAGAAACAAAUUACCUAAUCAACUUAUUUGAGCAAGAUAAUGCACAUCUCUUUGAAAAACUGAAAGAAAUCGAGAAUAUUCCGGACACCAGUGACAAUGUAUUGUUCGACAGUAUGUUCAAAUACAUCUGUACAAGCUGCGAAAAUAGCAUUGAAGCUACAACUUGUGGAAUUAUUGUACAACCCCAGGAAACUUUUAUAAUUUUGGAUGAAGUUUCAGAACGUGAUGAAAGGAUUGUAAUUGAUGAAACAGCAUCAGAAAGCUCAGUAGAACUUAUAGAAAACAGUGAUUCCAUAGAAAUGGAAAGUAAUUCUAUUGUCCACAAUUAUGCACCUGGUAAUUCUGAAGAAAUCCCACUCAAAAUUGUCUCAGUUUCCGGUCCCAAUGGAACACUCACAGAUAUACAAAAUCCCAAAUCAAUUCUCUGUACAAUAUGCAAUAAGAAGGUAUCAGCGAGGACUUUUGAUAUGCACAAAGCACGACAUGAGCAGAAAAAAAUUUUCGAAUGUACCGAAUGUUCCAAGACAUUCUUGAGCAAAAGAUACUGGAUAGCCCAUCUCAAGGAUCAUAUGAAUGUUAGAGAAUAUCAGUGUGAUCAGUGUGAAUAUUCGUCAAUGGUCCCGGAAGAGCUUAAAGCUCAUCAAUUGAGCCAUUCUGAAGACAAGGGUUUUGUUUGUCAAAUUUGUGAAAAAGCAUACCACAGAUAUCACAAUUUAAAGAGUCACAUGCAAAAGGUACAUGGAAAGGAUAUAUCAACAUCGGAUAAUACGUAAUAAACAGCAUUUAAUCUGAAUAAUUGUAUGGGUGAAUAAUAGGCAUAUGUUAAUAUAAAGGAUCAUAACAUUUUGAUAUACAACAGUGAGUAAACUUAAAUGUAACAAUAAUCCUUUUUUGCAUAAAAAUAUGCCAUAAUGAAAUUCAAUGAAAAUUCAAAAAGGACCUUUACACUUUAUAGGGUUUCAAUUGAUGUAUGAUCUCUAAAAGAAAAUUCGAAAAAAGGGAAAAGGGCAGAAUACCCAAGUAGCAUGUCACAGAUUAACCCAAUUUUGGAAUAUCCAAAUGUUCGAUAGAAAAAGAUCAAUUUUCGAUUUGGAAAAACGAAAUGAUUUCUCUUUCGUGUAAUAAACGAUCUUCGUUAUUUUGA